AUGAGUCGAAGAAAUGGUAGCCUUCCAAAGCUUGACCUGAAGCUGAACCUCUCACCACCAAGGGUGAACCCAAGAGUGGAGUCCCCAGGCCGAUCGGCAACAGUGUCACCAACAUCCCCACCAAGCUCAUGUGUGUCGUCAGAGAGGAGCCACGAUGACUCUAGCAGCCCUGAAGCUACAUCCAUGGUGCUUGUGGGAUGCCCGAGGUGCCUCAUGUAUGUGAUGCUCUCUGAAAAUGACCCUAAAUGCCCCAAAUGCAAGAGUUCAGUGCUGCUUGAUUUCCUCCAUGAUAACACCACCACCACCACCACUUUGAAGACAAGGAGGAGCUAG